AUGUUCCGUACUAUUAGGUUUUUAUGUUUUCCAGUUGAACAUCAAAGUGCUGCAAUCAGGGCUCUUCGUGAUGUGGAGGUUGAACAGUUUCAGACUUGGUGGCGUUUGUUCCAUUCGCAUUUCUGCAAGGACCAGCUACAGACUCCUGUACUGCAAGUUUUCAAGGAAAACCUUCCAAAUCUUAAAGUUGUAAGUAAUGGGAAAGAUGGGAAAAUGAGGAUGUCAGUAGUUUAUCCCAAUUACUCUGCUGCAAUGCCUUCUUUUAGUGGCUUUGAAUUUUCAAGCAAAGCAGGUAGUACAAAAUCCAGCCUCAUUGGUGCAGAGAACCCACCGAUUGGGGGUUUUGUAUGUUUUUUUCCCUUUCCUUUCUUUCUCGGCCCUCCUUCUUUUUGUCUUUUUUGUUGUAAUGGGACGGGAUUGGUUUUGGAGGAGCCAUCCAAUCCUCAGAUGCUUGAGUUUCAAGAUGCUUUCCAAACUCCUGCGUUAUCCAUAUUGUCAGGACAUACUGUUUGCCCUUCGCUUGAUUCUAUAGUUUCUGAGGUUAGUAGCCAGAGGUUGUCUGUUGGCGUAACACCCAAAACUUUAAGGCUUCCGAAACAUGGUGAGGUGCUUCUAUCUGUUUAUGGCUCACCUCUAGGUUUCUAUAAGAAAGACAUGGAAGCUAUACAUGGUGUACUUCUCUGUACCCAUUAUCCAGAACAAGAAAGAAAAAUAUGCUUUUUUGACAAAUCAAGAAAAAAAUACAAAGAGAAGAGAAGAUUUCCUCAAAAUACACACCAGUCACAACAUAGGUGGUGUCUAAGGGAAGCAUCUGCAAACAAGCAUUCAAAAGUAAUAGCACCCCUCCUGGCCAACAAACUGGCAUCAGCAUUGGCUGCCCUAUGCAAGUACCUUGCAGAUUGCAAGACCAGUAUGUCCUUUGAAGAAUUUGAUCCUACCGGUGAUAAUAAAUAA